CUCCACCGCGGGCGCCCAAAGCUGAUUACUCCUUAACAGACAGAGACUCUCUUUUUUCUCACUCUUUCUCCUGUUUCCGUAAAUAAAUUCAAAUUUCCUAUCAGAAAACUGUCGAAUAAAAUCCAAUUAACAAUAAUUUAAGUAGUAAUAAUUUAAUAAAUGAAGGGCCAUGAUCGGAUAAAUUCCAGUCUACCAGAUGAGCUAAUCCUCGAGAUCUUCCGUUACUUAGAUACGAAGCCCAGCCGCGACGCAGCCUCUCUCGUCUGCAAGAGAUGGCUUGGCCUCGAGCGGCUCAGCCGCGAUACAAUUCGCAUCGGCGCGUCCGGAAGCCCCGACGGUCUCGUCAAGAUGCUAUCCAGCCGGUUUCCCCAUGUUCGAAACGUGUUUAUUGAUGAACGCCGCUCCAUUACUCUACCUUUUCAAUUUGGAAAAAGACGACGUGCAGAUCAUUCUGCACUUUCACCUCUCAAACUUCAAUUUGCUGCUGGCAAAACUGGCCCCGAAGACUAUGAAACAGAAACAUACUAUUUAUCGGAUGCUGGACUAGCUGUUGUUGGAGAUGGCUUUAGCAAACUUGAAAAAUUGAGUUUGAUAUGGUGCUCUAAUGUGACAAGUUUAGGGUUGAGAUCUAUUGCAGAGAAGUGUAAUGCAUUGAAGUCUUUGGAUUUACAGGGUUGCUAUGUUGGAGAUCAAGGUCUAGCAGCCGUUGGAGAGUGGUGUAAGCAACUUGAAGAUUUGAACUUGCGGUUUUGUGAAGGUCUAACUGACACUGGUUUGGUGAACUUAGCCCUUGGUUGUCGAAGGAAAUUGAAAUCUCUUGGUGUUGCAGCUUGUGCAAAAAUAACAGAUGUUUCAUUGGAAGCUGUUGGAUCUUAUUGCCAAUCUCUUGAAACCUUGUCAUUGGAUUCAGAGUUUAUACAUAACAAAGGUGUGCUUGCUGUGGCCAAAGGAUGUCGGGUUCUGAAAGUUUUGAAGCUACAAUGCAUUAAUGUAACAGAUGAGGCUCUCGAAGCUGUGGGCAUCUUUUGCAAUACCUUGGAGUUCUUGGCAUUAUACAGCUUUCAGAGAUUCACUGACAAGAGUCUGUGUGCCAUAGGAAAAGGGUGCAAGAGACUAAAGAACCUUACCUUGAGUGAUUGCUAUUUCCUAAGUGAUAAGGGUUUAGAAGCUGUUGCCGUCGGUUGUACAGAGCUGACACAUCUUGAGGUCAAUGGCUGCCACAAUAUUGGAACUUUUGGAUUGGAGUCGAUUGGAAGAUCUUGCGCGAGCCUUUCGGAGUUGGCCUUGUUGUACUGUCAAAAGAUAGGUAAUUUCGCACUGUCUGAAAUAGGCAGAGGCUGCAAGUUCUUGCAAGCUCUUCACUUGGUAGACUGCUCAAGUAUUGGUGAUGAUGCCAUUAUUAGUAUAGCAAAAGGCUGCAGGAAUUUGAAAAAGCUUCACAUUCGUCGGUGUUAUGAGGUAGGCAGUAAGGGAAUAGUAGCUGUUGGGGAGAACUGUAAAUUUCUUACAGAUUUGAGUCUUCGAUUCUGCGAUAAGAUAGGAGAUGAGGCACUUGUCGCAAUUGGUAACUGUCACUCUUUACGCUACCUGAAUGUUAGCGGCUGCCACCACAUUGGAGAUGCUGGAAUUAUAGCCAUUGCUAGAGGGUGUCCUGAGCUAAGUUACCUGGAUGUAAGCGUCCUCCAGAAUUUGGGGGAUAUGGCCAUGGCUGAGAUGAGUGAAGGCUGUCCCAUGCUCAAGGACAUUGUUCUAUCACAUUGCCGUCAAAUAACAGAUGUAGGUCUCAGCUACCUUGUUAGUAGGUGCACCUUGUUGGAGACAUGCCAUAUGGUUUAUUGCCCUGGCAUUACAACUGUUGGAGUCGCCACUGUAGUUGCAAGCUGCGCAAACAUAAAAAAGGUGCUGGUUGAGAGGUGGAAGGUCAGCCAGAGGACUAGACGGAGGGCUGGGUCUACCAUCUCGUAUCUUUGCGUUGACCUUUAGUGUCCUCUCUUCAGCAUGCCAGAUGGAGGAAUGCGCAUGUCACUCCGAGUGAAAGACUGAACUUGACCGAGCUUGGAGCUUGCCAUGCUGCAACAAAGAUCUUGAAAAUGAACUGAUCCGAGAAGAAAGGCAAAACAACCUCAGAAGAAUUUAGUCACAGCUGAAGUUAUGUUCUGUACUGUACAAACUUUGUGUAAUAAGUUCUGCUUUGCCUGAGCAGGUGCCAAUCCUAUGUCAGGAUUUGCACAUUCUGCAUGUAUAAGUUGUAGGUUUGUUUUGUUGUGGAAUGCUGUAUACAUUAAGCGGAUUGAGGCUUUACUUCUUAUUGAACUAUAUCUAGUUGUUGUAUGCAAGGGUUCCAGAAUUUUCACAUAAAUUUUUGUAUACAUCUCCUUAUUAUGGUU